AUGCAACUCCUCGAAUCCAGCAUCUCCACCCUCGACACCGGCGUAUCAGAUUACCCCCGCCUGACCCGCGUGCUAGCCACAACCCGACACUUCGAACUCGUGUCCUCCCACGACCUGACCACCGCCCAAGCAACACUCGUCGAUGAGAUCAAACCCGAGAUUGAGGGAUUGCUGGGACGGGUGGAGGGGUAUCUGGGAAAGCUAGAGAGGAGGGAGAAGGGGUUGGUGGCUAAGAGCGAGUUGCUUGAGGGACGGCUGGUGAGGCCGAGGUCGAGUUCUGGCGCGAGAGCUGGGGUGGGCGGUGGCAAGGCUGGUCCUGGUGGUGGGAAUGGUGAGGGACAGGGUUUGAGUGCGUUGGAGGAGGCCAAGUUGCAGCAGCUGAGGCAGAAGAGGGAGAGGUUGAGUUAUGCCGUUUCACGCUUGGAGUUGCAGGCCGGGCAGCGGGAGAGGCAGUUGAGGAAGAGAUCUGGCUUGGGACGGAAGAGCAGGGCUUACUGUGGCCUAGCGUCCUGCAGACGAUCUUACCACCAUCUGGUCAUACUGAGGAGCACACUCCCGACCGCCAGCUCCCCAGCUCCCCACCAUCCUCCCAGCAAAACACCUCCACCAUCCCCACCACAACCCCUGCCACCACCCGACCAAAAGCUCAUCCGCUGGUACUUCUGGAGUUCGACCACUCCCCCUCCAUACCGGCACCUGCCAACGCCCACCCACCCAAAUGCCUCGCCGCCUCCCGAAAACCAAGAGAGGCAUAAGCGUGUGUAG